AAUUCUUUUCGCAGUUAGCGUUGCAUGCUUUUUCACACACCAGUCCGUCAGGCGGAGUUGCUGCUGCUUGGAUAAUGUGGAACGUGAACCCCAGCACUAAUACCUCGGACACGUAGGCAUGGUCCACAGGAAUGAGGAUACAAACAACUUUGUUCUGAGGUCAACACGUCACUUCCAACAGAAAAAUAGAUCAUGGUGAUGAUGCAGCGCUUUCUCACUCAUUGCCCUCUGUGGAGGAUUGUGGCAGUGCACCCUCUGCUGAUGGGUAAAACCCUCACAGAGCCAGCAGCUGCAGCAGUGUGUUGCUGCUCUCUUCGGAUCAUCUCACUGCCUCCUACAGGCCACCGCCAUCUCACCACAUCAUCUUCCUGCUGGACUGCACAUCAGUCUGGAAACCUACCUCCACAAAAAGAAGCACAGUCCACAAAAACACCACAGACCCAGGAUCAGAGAGAAGAGGCCGCAGCUGAAGAGGUGGAUCCUCUGCAGGACAAGUCCAUCGGUCUCUUCCAGAGAUUUAAGAGGACCUUUAAGCAGUAUGGGAAGGUGAUGAUCCCUGUACACCUGGUGACGUCUUCAGUCUGGUUCGGAACCUUUUACUAUGCUGCAAUGAAAGGUGUAAAUGUUGUGCCGUUCCUUGAUAUGAUUGGUCUGCCGGAGACGUUUGUCGGCCUGUUGAGAGACUCUUCCAGUGGCUACGCUCUGACUGCAUACGCUAUGUACAAGAUUGCCACCCCUGCUAGGUACACUGUAACUCUGGGCGGCACAUCAGUUUCUGUUAAGUACCUCCGCAAACACGGAUACUUGGCCACACCUCCACCGGUCAAAGAAUACAUUCAGGACAAAAUGGAGGAGACAAAGGAAAAAUUCACAGAAAAGAUGGAGGAGACGAAGGAGAGGUUUUCGGAGAAAAUGGAGGAAACUAAGGAGCGUUUGUCUGAGAAAAUGGAAGAGACUAAGGACAAGCUUUCUGAGAAAUUUCACGAAACCAAAGACAGAGUCUCUGAGGGGAAAGCAUUUUUUAGAAAGAAAGACAAUUAGCAAUUGAAAUUCUUUUGGCUUGUCAGUGCAGGAGGAAAAAAAUAUAAAUGUUGACCUUGAAUAAAAAUCAUCACUGAUUUAGCAGUGAAAUGACUCUUCUGAGAGCGUUUUACUGGAGGACAAAAAAUAAGCAACACGUUGCACUAUCCUUGUCUUGACAUUUCACCUCACGAGCCUUAGCUGUCACAUGUUGAUUUAAAUGUCACAGUCGAUUCCUGCUUGUUUAAAGCUGCAGUUGACCAGUCAGCAGCCCAGGUUACUCCCAGCUGUCAGUGCAGAAGUGUAACAUUAUCAUUGUCUUAUGUGGACUAAAAGUAUUUGAACAUGCAGUAUUUUUCAGACUGCUCAGACCACCAUUGGACCUAUUGUUAGAACAAAGUUUUUGUGGCCAUUUAUAAUCAUCACUUUGUACAAAGUAAUACAAAUUCAAUUCAUGGAGUUUGACUAAAAAUUAACCCUUCGAGAUCUUCAGAUCUUCAUUCCCUUCCCAUUGAAUGGCAGUUAUUGCCUUUAAAAGGCAUUUUGUGCUCUUAAAAUAAGAGUAUUUCCUCCAUUUCUCUCUUUAUUCUUAAGGGGGGCACAAAAAAGAUUAUGUUGAACAUUAAAUCUGGUUAAAACAAUCAGGCUUCAUUUGCAUAACUCUGUAGUGCAGUAGUAUAAGACGUUAAAGUAGCAAAGCAAAGCACGUCAUAGUUGCUAGGAAAUCAUAAACAACUUUGUGUCACCUGUGCUCGCACGCAUCAAUCAAAUCUUCUUGACAUGUCUAAUGUAACAUGAUUAUUGUUUUUGUAAUGUAUCUUCAUCUGGUAGAACUAACACACACACACACUCACUCAUUCACACAAGCCAUAGUCUGCUGUCUGUACCAUUUACUGUAGAGACUGAGGUGGUUUAUGACAUGACAUCAGAUGAUUGACAGGAGGCUGCUGCUCAAAGAAUAUGCCAAUUUCCAUGUGAGCAGCUGCCAGUCAAACCAUGAUGUGACAAACACAGGGAUGUACAUACAGCAGUAUGUAAGAACUUAAUUUAUUGAAGGCUGUUUACGGACCCAUGUCGAUUGUGAUUUCAAAAAUAAAAAAUACUGAUAAAGAAACAACUCAAACUCUGGUGUUAGAGAAAAAAUAAAUUAAAAUAUAGGAUUAUCAAUGGUUGCAAUAAAAAAAUGAUGGAUUAUGGAUGAAA